ACUGUUAGGAUUGGUAAUUAGCUUUGCUUUAAAAGGCAAGAAAUAGGUGUAACGUCCACACACGCACUAUCUUUCCUUUUCAUCUCCCACUACUACAUUUAUUUUCUCUCUCCCUCUCUUUCUGUCUCCACGUUUCUCGCCAACAAAACCAACAAACAGACUCUCUUUGAUCGUAUAUUAUUAACCUAAAUCGAAGACGAAUCUCUGAAUCUCCGGCUACAUAUUUCAAACAAAUCUCGAGAACCGGAGGAAGAAGAAAAACAAAAGAAAAGAUGUGUUGUGGACGGGUUUGCAUGCUGUGCACGUGUUUGCUUCUUGUCGUGAUCGCGAUUGGGUUCCUAUUCGGCUUCGGAGUAUUCAAGGAUGGUUUCCACAAGAUCCAGGAGACCGUCCGUCUCGAAUGCGAUCCCAGGUUCGGCUGCGGCGGGGACGUUGGGCGUCGCGGUUAUGGUUUCUCAGCUCCCUCCGGUCAUUAAUUAGCUGUCUUCUCAUAUUAAACUCUUCCGAACCGGCGUCAUUGUCUUUGAAUGUGUUUGGUUCGGUCGGAUUUAGAUAUAUCGAUUAUUAGGAUUUAGUUUUUUUUCCGUUGUUGUUUUAAAUUUUCUUCCGCUAUACGUUACAUUGAUUCUUCGUUUGUGUAUUCUAAUGUUUUCGUUAAUCAUCAGGUUUUGUUUUAUUAUUGUCACAUUGAUUGUUUUUUAUAUUUAGAUAUAUAUUUAGACCAAAUUACGUUACGUAACGUUUAUAAUUCGUAU